CUAUUGGCCUUUACAUAAACGUUUGCACCUUCUUGCCUUGGCACCUCACAAUUCAAGUUAAGAUUCUGUUCUUGGCAGAAAGAUAAGACUCUUUCUUCAUCAUCAUCAUGCCUCAUUCUAUUCCAGCUUUAAGCGACCAACAAAUCUUACAUACUACACCAAAGUUGCUAUUGUUGCUGCUAGUUUGUUUGUUGCUGGUGUUGUUGAGAUUCUUGAUACUAUCAGAAUUUCUCUUAAAGUGCUUUAAAUUGUUUCUAUAUCAUUAGAAGUUGUUGGGAGUUGGCACUCAAGCUUUGGGCAGAUAAUUUGAGUAAGGUUUAUAAUAUGUUUGUUGAUAUGGAUAAGGCUGAGUAUAGUAACUGUAAGGAUUAUAGUAAUAGGUUACAAAGUAUGGAUUUGGCUAAAGUUGGUUACUGUUUUGGGUCUGAUCGUGAGUCUGAAUGGUGGAGUUAUUGAUUUUUGGAUUUGUCAUUAGAAUGCUUUAGCUCGGCUAGAGAGCAGUUUUUGGCACAUGUCUCUCUUGAUUAUUCACUUGCAUUUUGUUUAUCCUAAUCCACUUUGUUGUAUUGUAUCUUUUUUUAGGAUGAUCCUCCGGAGUUGUUAUAUGUUUUUGCUUUAAAUUUAUAUAUCUUGUUGAUAAAAAAAAAAUUUACGGGCCUAGAAUAGAGAGUUAAAUUGGGUUAGAUGGAACAAAGAAUCCACCAAAGGAAAAAAAGUUAAAUUGGGCUUAUGAGAUGGAACAAAAAUCCAGUACGUUGGUCCAGGCCUUUGUUUUGGUGAACGUGAAUCACGGGUCUCCAAGUUAAACUCGCCUUUCAGUGAAGGAGAGAGACCAGAGAGGGUUUGGUGAAGUGACACGUGGCAAAGAGCAUACUGUGCGCAUCGCGCACCCUUGUUUAUUCUAGCACUAGAACUUCCCCCUUCUUCAACUACGAAACGUUGGCCGCUCCAUUUCAGUGAGAGUUGCUGAAGACCCAAAUUUUAUUUUAUUUUUCUUUACUUUUCUGGUUCCAUUUUGUUUGCUGUGUUAUCGUUUUCUCAGAUAUUACGUCGAAUCAGCUCAAUCUGACGGUACCGAAUGCUCUGCUCAAUCCCGACCGCUAAGUCCGGUUCGAACUGGCUGGACCGGCUUCGUUCUAGCAAGGGGUUUCCGACCGGCGACAACCUUGACCUCGACCAUUUCCUUGCAAAUCCUAACCCUUCCGAUUCUCCAAUCACCAAUGCCUCCGAUUCUCCGAAUUCCAACUCCGAGUCAACUCACUCCAACGAUGGACAACUCCAGAAUCCGAAGCCACCACCUCCGGAGGCGAUAUCCAGCGAUCCCGAAGGAGAUAAAGAAUGGUUUGGUAUAAUGAGCAAUGUCCUCUCGGAGCUCUUCAACAUGGGUGAACAAGCCCAAACCUCCAGAUUUUCCAGGAAAAAAGCUUCUAGGAAACAAACAAACCCUAGAAUUUGCACUUUCAAGACUCCUGAGGAACAGAAAAGCAGUUCGGAUAACGUGAGAAAUGACAAGGAUAUCCUCGUUUCAACGAGGUCGUCGAAUUCAAGGGAAGAAUCGAAAGAGGCAGGCGAGAAUAACAACGUGGAAGAAGAUAAAGAAGAAGGCGAAGGAGAAGGAGAGAGAGAACUGAAAGGGUACUCGAGAAGUGAAGUGACGGUAAUAGACACCAGCUGCCCCGUGUGGAAAGUUGACAAGCUUAUCUUUAGGAGGAAAAAUAUCUGGAAAGUUAAGGACAAGAAAGGAAAGUCACGCACCAUUGGUAGAAAGAAGAGGAAACCUCCUCCAUCUGACAUCAACAAUGUUGGUAUUUCUAAUAAGAAACCAAAGAUUUCGAGUUUGGAGCUUCGGUCACUCAAAGAAACUAGUGGAAGAGAAUGUGGGUCGCCUGCAAAUCAUGGGUGGAAUGGUCCAGAUGACAAAGAGGAAGAAGUUCGUGAUGAGGGACCUGCUGAUCUUACCCAAGUUCUUAGAAAGAGGUUUCCUUUCUCCAGAUUACCUCGGAAAUCAGGAAAGGGAAGUUCUGUUGUCCUUAUGAAGGCUAUUCCAACAGGCAAGAAAAAUGGAGCAAAGCUAGCUAAGAAUGGCCUGAAGGACAGUCAGAGGCAAUAUAAAACUUGAUAAAUCAUAAGGCAAACCUUAAAGUUUGUCUGGUAUAGCCAAUUUGCAUGCCAGUUCUGCAUUUGAACCAGCAAUUACUUCUAUUUUCAUUGUAUCUAUAGGUGGAAUUCAAAGGCCUACAUGGCUGAGAUUUUGGGGCUAAAGUUGCUCUAAACUUCAACCCUGUGGGUAAGGUGUCCAUAUGUUGUAAUAGUGUAUUAUUUCAUCAACCGUUCCUAUAACAUUUAUUUUUUGUUUGAUAAAGUAAUAUGAAAUUUAAAUUUAGAUUUCACAA